AUUCUGAAUUAGGCUCACAAAAAAACGGACCCCUUCAGUGGUAGGCCUUAUGCGUGUGUACAGGAAACCGAUUGUAAUCUUAUCUAGAAGAAGAGAAAUAGGAUCUAGCAGACCUCAUCGUCAUCACUGCCUUGUCCACCGAAAGCAAAAACACAUGACCUCCAGGACUGAGUCGGAAAGUUCCCUCUAGCGACUCGCUUCUAAGGCCGACGCAUAUUAAGACUCAUCUGACAGUGUCCUGUUCAAAAAUGAAUCAGUGAGACUUAUAGACUUGAAAAAGGUGGCGGAACACGCAGAACUACACUAUCGGGUACUCAGAGUUGGACCUCCUCUACCGUAAUGGCAAUCUCAAGAUUCUUCUCUAAUCACAAGAGAGGGAGGGGCGGACGGCGUGGGGGAGGAACGUGCGUACGGAACUCGUGUGUCCCCAGAUAACUCCGCACAUUCGCCGCACAGUGAGUUUUUCGAGGAUAACUCUGCAGAAGGCGGAUUUACUCUUAUGAUGCUGAAAAGAGCUUCUGACUACGUCAUCAUUGUCAAGUGGCGGUAGUUUUUGUGCAGAACAAAGAUUUCAUGUGCACAUCAACAUCGAAUGACUCCUCACUCUUCUAAUAGCAUGACCUCUAUCCCUUCUGACCCUGUCAUUGUCGGAGGAGGAGGCGGCUCAACGAUCACUGAGACGGCACAUCUUCAACACGGCAGCAACGUUGUAGACAUGGCAUCAAACUCUGUCGGAAUGUUGGGGUCCGAGGCCACUGGGCCUCUACUACCGGGUACCGAAGUGCAGAUCGAGGGUCUCGUCAAUGCUGCCCAUUUGAAUGGGAUGAAAUUAAGAAGUUCGAGCGAUUUGCAUUUUAUUGGGUCUCAGCGUUUUCCUUUCCUUAUCCUUUGCGCAAAGGAGAGACCACCUGAGUUGUAGAGAAACAUUUUCUUAGAAGUCUCUGUGGCGUGUGGAGCGACGGAAUCACACCACCAGCAUUUUCUUGUCAUUUUUUCUUUCUAAUCCAAGCAGUCAUCAUCGAAUUCGAUCCGGAUGGCGGUCGUUAUCGCGUCCACUGCCAAGAUGAUUCCAACAUAGCCUUACGACCACAAAACUUCCGAUUAGUGAGCACAGCAACGGCUGCUCCUUCACCUGCUUACGGCGUGGAUUAAUGCAAGCAUGGAUGCAUUGAGAGAGCUGUUUGAGUGUUGGAGUUUUGUCCUUUUGCUACAGGGUAACUUGCAGUAGUUUUAGGGUCUUGAACUGCACCUUGAUAGCAAGUUCGACGUCCUGCUCCAGUUCAGACGAUGGCAUGAAAAUGUGAUCGAUAUCUCUCCGGGGUGAUCUAAUUGUGCUAUUCUUCUCAAUGGUAUGUACUCAUCUCUUCUGUGAGGCUCGCUGUGAAGGAUUCACAACCUAACCUAACCUCUUCAUACAAAACCAGUAGCAGCACCGAUAGGAGCACAGAGUGCAGCAGCCUCAUUGGGACCCAUUUUGGGGCCUCCUGAGAGCGAUCCAGUUGCCAUCAACCUAUCCUCGGAGCCACCGACGGUGCCACAGACGAGACUUAUGAAGACGAUUUUUGAAUGUGACGAUUUUUGAAUCACCAAGGACUUUUUUUCUCCUCACAAGUUAGCAUAAAAAAUUGUUUCUUGCCCACACUUUCGAGUAAAGUCACAAUCCCCCUUUGCUGCCUCGUCUUCAUACCAAGUUCGAACACGGCUUUAUUCGAAAAGUUGGGCAUCGACGAAUGGGUCAUGUAUGACGUUUUUCCGCUUUUGACGAAAACCACCAUUGCCAGCGGUCUCUGGCUCACUUUGCUCACGGUUCUGCUGGUUUAUGCGCCACGGUGAAGAUAGGCGGGGUCACCAUGUCGAUACCGUUGACCAUGCUUGUCAGGAGCAAGGUGAAUGUGGGUGAAUGGUUGCAGGACAGGGUUUGAUACUAGCUUUCUCGUUGCUGAGCGAGCUAAGACUUGUCCCUAUCAUAUCGUCACUGGGACCGAACUUUUGUCCGUCUCUCGGUACUAUCGGAUAGACAGCUAAAGAAAAACACCACCGUGCGGACACAGAGCCGCCUUUUACAAAUCCUUGAAGACAUGUCCAAAGCACACUGGAAACAGAAACCUUCAUUGAUUAAUUUGACGGUGAAAACCGAGGAACACACAGUGAUUCCCUGAGUCGGCGAGAGUAUUUCACUUACAACUGCUGGAGAUGGCGAGAGUAUUUCACUUACUAGCUUCUUCGUAAAAUAUAUGGGAACAGCAAUGUAUGAGUUAAGGCUCAACUUUCAAUGGUCAUUGGAGUUGGUCACUGA